CAGAGCGGGGCCUACACGCGAGCAACCAUGUCUAAGGGACCGGCAGUCGGCGUUGAUCUUGGCACCACCUACUCGUGCGUGGGUGUCUUCCAGCAUGGAAAACUGGAAAUCAUUGCCAAUGAGCAGGGGAACGGCACCGCGCAGAGUUAUGGGGCUUUUACUGAUACGGAACGAUUGAUCAGCGAUGCUGCAAAGAAUCAGGUUGUCAUGAACCCCACGAACACGGUGUUUGAUGCCAAACAUCUAAUCGGGCACAGGUUUGACAAAGCUGUUGUGCAGUCUGACUUAAAGCACUGGCCCUUCAUGGUGGUGAAUGAUGCAGGCAGGCCCACGGUCCAGGUGGGAUUCAAGGGAGAGACCAGAACUUUCUACCCUGAAGAGGUUUCUGCUAUGGUUCUGACAAAGAGGAAGGAAAUUGCAGACGCCUACCUUGGCAAGAUUGUUACCAACGCCGUGGUCACAGUGCCAGCUUACUUCAGUGACUCACAGCGGCAGGCAACCGAAGAUGCUGGAACCAUGGCUGGCCUCAAUGUACUUAGAAUUAUCGACAAACAAACUGCUGCAGCUAUUGCCUAUGGCUUAGACAAGAAAGUUAGGGCAGAGAGAAAUGUGCUGAUUUUUGAUUUGGGAGGUAGCACUUUCGACGUGGCAAUCCUAACCAUUGAGGAUGGAAUCUCUGAGGUCAAAUCUACAGCUGGAGACACCCACUUGGGUGGAGAAGACUUUGACAACCGGAUGGUCAACCACUUCGUUGCUGAGUUUAAGUGCAAACACAAGAACGACAUCAGUGGGAACAAGAGAGCUGUCUGCCAUCUCCACACAGCUUGUGAGCCGGCUAAGAACACCCUCUCCUCCAGCACCCAGGCCAGUAGUGACAUUGGUUCUCUCUACAACAGAAUCGACUUCUACACCUCCAUUACCCGGGCUCGAUUUGAAGAGUCAAAUGCUGACUUGUUCCUUGGUACUCUGGACCCUGUAGAAAAAGCCCUUCGAGAUGCCAAACUAGACAAGUCACAGAUCCAUGAUAUUGUUCUGGUGGGUGGUUCCACAUGUAUCCCCAAGAUUCAGAAGCUUCUGCAAGACUUCUUCAAUGGAAAAGACCCGAGUGAGAGCAUUAACCCCAGUGAAGCCGGGGCUUGUGGCGCAGCUGUCGGGGCUGCCAUUCUAGGGAAGUUUGAGCUCACAGGCGUACCUCCUGCACCCCGAGGUGUUCCUCGGAUUGAAGUCACUUUCGAUACUGACCAUGGUAUCCUCGAUGCUUCUGCUGUAGGUGAGAGUACAGGAAAAGAAAACAAGAUUACCAUCACCAAUGACAAAGGCCACUUGAGCAAGGAGGACAUUGAGCGCCUGGUGCAGGAAGCUCAGAAGUACAAAGCCAAAGAUGAGAAGCAGAGAGACAAAGUAUCAUCCAAGAACUCACUGGAGUCUUAUGCAUUCAACAUGAAAGCAACAGUUGAGAAACUUCAAGGAAAGAUCAACCAUGAGGACAAACAGAAGAUUCUCGAUGAGUGGAACAAAAUCAUCAGUUGGCUGGAUAAGAAUCAGACUGCUGAGAAGGAAGAAUUUGAGUACCAGCAGAAAGAACUGGAGAAAGUCUGCAACCCCAUCAUCACCAAGCUGUACCAGAGUGCCGGUGGGCCCCUGCGAGGACGAAUGCCUGGGGGCUUCCCUGGUGGCAGAGCUCCCCCCUCUGGUGGUGCAUCUUCCCGGCCCACCAUCGAAGAGGUUGAUUAA